AUGGAUGUUAAAAAUGCUUUCCUUCAUGGAGAGUUUCAGGAGGAAGUUUACAUGCAAAUUCCCCCAGGUUACUCACUAGCAAAGGAUGGCAUGGUGUGCAAACUGCACAAGGCUAUCUAUGGUGACAAUGCAUCUGAAAUUGGAGCUUUGAAAACCUCUUUACAUCAAACCUUUGCCAUUAAAGAUCUUGGAAAGUUGAAGUAUUUUCUUGGCAUUAAGAUGGAAACCUUUCAACGGGGUUUGUUUCUCAACCAACGUAAGUAUGUCAUGGAUCUACUCGAGGAAGUUAAGUUCACCGAUUGCAAGCCAGUUGUCACCCCAAUUGACAGUAAACUUAAGCUUACCACUGAUGGCGAAGCACUCAAGAAUGUCACUUAUUAUCAAAGAUUGGUUGGCAAGCUUAUCUAUCUUACUAUCACCCGUCCAGACAUUACCUUUGUUGUGAGCUUAGUCAGUCAAUUCAUGCAUGCACCCACAGUAGAACAUCUAAAUAUUGUUAAAAAGAUUCUACACUAUCUCAAAGGGUCCAUUGAUAGGGGUAUCCUUAUACGUAAUAACCAUUCCACUGAGAUUCAUGCAUACACUGAUGCUGACUGUGCAGGCAGUGCAAUCGACAGAAAAUCCACCACUGGUUAUUGCACAUUUGUUGCAGGCAACAUUGUUACUUGGAAGAGUAAGAAACAACAAGUCAUUGCCCGUUCUAGUGCUGAAGUUGAGUAUCGAGCAAUGGCUGCCAUUACAUAUGAAUUGAUUUGGCUUAAAAGUUUCUUAUUUGACCUAAGGUUCUCGAGUACAACUCAUAUGUCUCUCAUGUGUGAUAAUCAAGCAGCCAUGCACAUUGAUGGAAACCCAGUUUUUCAUGAAAUAACCAAGCAUAUUGAAGUUGACUAUCACUUCAUUUGGGCUCAAGUUCAAUCACAACUCAUCCAAACGGUAUUCACUCGUAGUUAUGAUAAAUUGGCAGAUGUGUUCACUAAGGCUCUAUUGUCUACACAUUUUCAACGUCUUCUCGGCAAGCUUGGAUCAACUAUACUCCUCGAUCCAGCUUGA